GGAGCGGUGUUUGGAUGUGAACAGGAACGUGUUCAUUUCAAUUAAACUCGACGAAAUUUUUACCCGGCGUUCGCGAGACUAUUUACGAUCUACUCUCUACAUCUCAUCUCUAUUCAACAACUACCACUAUUCACAUAUCAGCAAUGCCCCCUCGUCUUCCGGAGAAGUCAGACUUCCCAGACUCAGCAGUCCUCACAAUCACACCACCGCAUCCGCCGGGAUCAACGCCUACUCACGUUAUGAUCCUGCUGCAUGGUCUAGGCGACUCAAUCGUGCCAUUCACAGCUCUGGCACAGCGUCUGGGUCUACCCCGGACAGCGGUGAUUGCGCUCCAGGCGCCGAUGCCAAUGCCGUUCGAGUUGGGCGGCUUCCACUGGGGCGACGAUCUCGUCUUUUCGCGCGACCCGUUAUCUGCAUCCGCGUCCGAGGACGGGGACGUACUCAGUCCUGAUGCGGAGUUUAAUAGAAGCGGUGUCUUUUUAAGCUCUAUAAUACGCGACGUUCUAGAGUCAAAGUGCGGGUUCACGGCGUCCAAGAACGUGAUCCUAUUUGGCUACGGCCAAGGCGGCAUGGCAGCUCUGCACAUCGCGACCACAAAAAUGAAUCUCUGCGCUGUGAUCUCGGUAGGAGGAUGGAUACCCAGUUCAAUAAGACCCGGCGACAUCAUCGAUCUGCCUCGGAGUACGAGCGUCCUGCUGUGCGGAGGAGAUCAAAAGUCAUCAAUCACCGACGAGCGCGUGAAGCGGGCAGAAGAGCUGUUUAAGGAGUGCAGACGGGUCGUGUUCCCGAGGAUGAAGGGCGAUCUAAUGCCGCGGGGGAAAGACGAGAUGGCGCCGAUCUUGAGGUUUUUACUGAGGAUAUUGGUGCCCGACGAGCUGGCAGUGCAAGGACUAGUCUAAGCGUCCGGUGUAAUAAAAUAAAAAAAAUCCUCGGA